AUGUGCCAGUUUCUGAGUGCCAAGGGGGAAACGAAAAUUGGAACAUGGAAUGUGAGAACACUGUACCAGACUGGGAAGAUGGCCCAGUUGUUGAAAGAGUUUGAGGAGUACCAACUGAACAUUCUAGGGAUCAGCGAGAUGAGAUGGACGGGUAGCGGGAAGUUGUGUAGCGAUGGCAAGACAGUCCUUUACUCCGGACAUGAAGACCAACACCGCCGUGGAGUGGGCAUGGUACUGGAUAAAGAAGCCUCCAGAGCUCUUACUGGUUGGAAGCCUGUCAAUGACCGGAUCAUCACAGCACGCUUUCAGUCGAGACAUGGGAAGACUACCAUUGUCCAGGUAUAUGCACCAACUGAAGAUGCUGAUGAAGUGGACAAAGACGACUUCUACGAACAGUUACAGGACACCUUUGACAACAUCCCUAGCCAUGACGUGAAAAUCUUGAUGGGAGACUUUAAUGCCCAAAUUGAUAGCAACAGACAAGGGUUUGAUGGUGUCGUUGGACCGUUUGGGACAGCACAGAAAACUAGUGACAACGGGGAACGUCUUUUGUUGUUCUGCAACAUCAACAGCCUCAACAUCGGAAAUACCUACUUUCAACAUAAGGUGAUACACAAGAAGACAUGGAGAUCACCAAAUGGGACAACGCAAAACGAGAUAGACUACGUUUGCAUAAACCAACGUUGGAGGUCAUCACUUCUCGAUGUCAGAGUAUUCAGGGGUGCAGACGUGGGAUCAGACCACCAUCUGCUGGGAGCAAGGGUGAGGCUAAGGCUGAAGAAGCUCACAGUGCAGAAGAAAGUGAAGCCGUAUGCAGCUGAGAAGCUCAAGGACCCUGAGGUCAGUCAACAGUACAAACUCGAACUCCAGAACAGAUUCCAGCUGCUUCAAGACAUGGGGCCGGACUUGGAAGACCAGUGGGCACUCUUUAAGGAAACAGUCACAAAGAGCGCAGAGGAAACCAUUGGGAGAAGGCGUGGUUCACGGAAGGAACAAUGGAUACAGGGGCACACCUGGGAACUUAUUGACGAAAGGAAGAAGACAAAGGGGCUCAGAGAUAGAGCAAAGACCGAGGAAGAGAAAGAACAAACAGACCACCAGUACCGUGACCUUGACCGCCAAGUAAAGAAGAGCUGCCGUGCAGACAAAAGACACUGGUUAGACAAGAAAAGCGCAGAGGCUGAGGAGGCAGCCAAGAAAAACGACUCAAGGACCUUGUACCGUCUGGUGAGGGAGCUCUCUGGAAACUGGAACAACUCGAGUGUACCAGUGAAAGACAAGAGCGGAAAGACACUGUUAACUACAGAAGAGCAAGACCAACGGUGGGUUGAACACUUCCAGGAAACGCUGAAUCAACCAACCCCGGACACCCUGUAUGACUUUGGUACAGAGGAAACAGCAGAGCAGUUGGAUGUCUGCGAGGAACCAGUCAGGAAAGAGGAAACGGAGGAGGCCAUUAAAGCGAUGAAAAGUAACAAGGCAGCAGGACUGGACGAAAUCUCGGCUGAGAUGCUUAAGCAUGGAGGGGAUUGUACAGUGGAAAUGCUGACCAGGCUGAUGAACCGCUGUUGGCAAGAGGGGCAGGUUCCUAGGGACUGGCAGGAGGGAGUUAUUGUGAAGCUUCCGAAGAAAGGAGACCUCUCCAACUGCAACAACUGGCGGGGAAGUCACUCUGUUAUCCAUCCCUGGAAAGGUAUUCUGCGCAGUACUCCUCAGAAGGUUGAAGAAAGCUGUGGACUGCCUGUUAAGAGAGGAACAAGCUGGUGUUGUGUGAGAACGGAGGGAGGGACAACAGACUUCUUCAACAUCAUCACAGGGGUCCGACAGGGUUGUAUCCUCUCCCCCUUCUUGUUCUUGAUCACAAUUGACUUCGUCUUGAGAAAGACCACUGGAGACGGGAAGGAGGGCAUUAGGUGGAGGGAAGAGUCCAGACUUGCGGACUUAGACUUUGCAGAUGACCUUGCUCUGUUGUCCGAGAAUAACCAAGGCCUACAGCACCUUACCACGAAACUGGAGACCUCUUCUGGAAAAGUUGGGCUACGGGUGAGUUCGGAGAAGACCAAGGCGAUGGAGGUGGGAAACCACACAGGUCAACCUCGACUGAACAUCACUGUCAACAACAGCCAGAAGAAAGAGGGGAAGGCCGAAACACACCUGGCGCAGGACCUUCCAAGACGAUCUAAGAAGGGCAAACAUCCCCUGGGAGGAGGCGGAGACAGUGGCCGCUGA